AUGUCUCGGGCCCCGAUAUCCUCCCAUCCGCCAGCAGCCAGCCCUGCGAGAACUGCGUCGGCCGCAGACAUAAGCCCCGGCUCAGACGUGUCCCCCACGACCGUAGUCCCUGGCAAGGCCGUCGGCGAUGCUGUCACCACGACACCAAAGUCAAACGUCGGUUACUUCACAUCGGCAGUCACAACAGCAGCCCAAACGUCUACACCUGGUACGUCUAUCGCUAGUACCAGCGUAGAGGGCCGACGCAGCGAUGGUCUCACGGACGCGUCCGGGGAAACGGCAUCAAGCAGCCCCGUGACUGUCGCAACAUCCAGCCCAGCCCUGACGACGGGCACGCCGGUGCCAGAUCGACGUCCUAGCUCGAUCCUCGAUCUCGCGAGUGAAGGCAGUGGGACGGCGUCCCGGAAGCCGUCAACGGCAUCUGUGACCUUCCUUCCAACACGACACCCUUCCUUGCCACAAGGCCAGCCCAAGCCAGGACGCAUUCUGUCGCCUGCUCCCAAACGUUAUUCAAUCCAUCCCACGUGCGGCAUAACAGCCAGUUUUGGCGAGAAAACUCUUCUCAGAGCACUGCACAUCCAUCUUGUUGAAUGGUCUAGUUACGACUUUCGUUCCUAA